ACCUCCGUGGGCAUCGUAAACUCGUCAAGAACUUACUAUGGCUACGCUCGCACGUCCUAUGGCAUUGCGCCAGGCUCUCCGCGCUCUGCCUAAGCCUUCACAUGUCGCGUUCAGACCGUGCAGCACUCUCAUCCAACGACCACUUCAGCAGCAUUUCGUCAAGCAAGCUCUCCAGAACACGACCAAGGCUGUGGGAUUCCAUGCAACUAUUCAAAGAUCCAUCCUCCCACCCGAACCUCAAACAGUGCUGGGCACGGUGAACGACCCCGCUCCAGUUCCCACUCCGUCGCCAACACAUGGUAAUUAUCACUGGUCUUUCGAGAGACUUAUUUCUGCCGGCCUCAUUCCCCUGACAAUUGCCCCAUUUGUCGGAGGAUCGCUCAAUCCGACCCUUGACGCUGUCUUCUGCGCGACCAUGCUCGUCCACUCGCAUAUUGGAUUCCAAGCCAUUCUCAUCGAUUAUAUUCCUAUAAAGCGCAUGCCGGGCGUGCGGAAAUUCUUCAUGUGGUUAUUAAAUGCUGCUACCGUCGUAGUAGGCAUUGGCUUGUACGAAUUUGAGACCAACGACGUUGGCGUGACGGAGGCCAUUAAGAAGCUAUGGCACGCAUAGAUUGUAUAAUUAAGGGUAUAUCACAGUCAAUACAAGUUAUUUUGUAAUCACGCCAGUCCUUGCGUUCCAGAAGUUAGGCCAGGUAAAU